AUGGAGUUCAUCACGCAACAAACACAAAGCAUGAGCCUCGCCGGCGCGCCGCCGCAGCGCCAGCCCAAAAAGUACGGCGGCGGCGGCCAGCGCCACCAAAAGAACCGCCGCGGCGGCAAGGCGAAUCACAACAAACAGAAGCAGCCGGGCGACAACAAGGAGAACCAGAGGAACGGCGCCAACGCGCGAAGGAGGCACCGCCAGCACCGCGGCGGCGGCGGCCAGAAGCGGGCCCUCGCGGCCGCGGCCGCGGCCGGCCAACCGCCGCCGCAGGGCUUCUACUGGGUCGGCUACGGCGGCAUGCCCUUCCAGCCGGCGCCGGGGACCUACCCGAACCGGACCUACGUCAGACCCAACGUACAGGCGCCGCCACCGUGGCCGGGCGUCUUCCACGCGCCGCCCCGGGCGCCGGCCGAGGAGGGACCCUCGUUAUGCUUCACGGUCGGCGACACGCCGGCCAAGGCCGUCGUCACGCCGCAGCGCAAGCCGUCUUCUACAAUCUGCCCGACGACCUGCGGGCCGACGCCGAACUCGGACGCAAAGCUGCGGCGGAACCUCGCGGACGUCUACGCGUCCUUCGACUGCGUGCUCAUGAACCACGCGAUUGAAGUGAGCGAGCGGGCGGCGGCUGCACGGACACAGGGGCCACGCGAAGAGCUCACGGCCGACGCGGCGUUGGCGGCGGCCGCGGCGGCUUCUGCGGAUGCGGCCCUUGCCGCUGCGGCGGACGCCGCGCUCGGGGAUGCUUCGACGUCGUCGGAGAGGUGACACGGUGCGUAAGAAGACAUAUCGUAUGAGUCCGACGUCGCGUCGAUAGCGUUCCGCGCUGCUAGUGUGUUACAGGCCGCUAGCUAAAUAGCCCAGUGCCAAAAAGUGGUGGACUGCGGCGCACAGAUCGCUGGUACACCAGCCGUAGCGCGGUGGUUCGAACAGCGCCUGAUCGCUGCUAGUGCUGGCGAAGAGAAAACGGCACCUCGCGCCGUAGCGUAGACAAAAAGCUCUUCAGACUCCCAGAGCCCCUGGCCGAAAAAAGCGCUCCGGCGAGGACAAAAGAAUAAAACACGAGGUCAAAAGCAUAAAAUGGCCGCCCUCGUCGCCAGCCCAAACCAAGACACCCCUUUGGGAGGCGAAAACUACGUCGUCGUGACGAUCGAGGAGGUCGAGCUCUCGCUGAACGCCGUCGUCGCCUUACCGAGCGACGACGAGGACGAUAAUGAAGGCGCCGCCGACGCCGCGCUGGAGGCGCGCGUGGCGGCGACGCAGCAGGUCGCCGACGUCCAGGAGCUCUGGAUGUUAGAUAGGUCCGCGAAGGCUCGAAGGGACGCGGCUUUGUUAGGCGGUUCCUCUGAAGCCGUCGUGCCCGAGGACGAUGAACUGAGACGGAAUCAAUUACGGGCGUCCCUCAUAACGAGGCAGGCGCCCUCACCACAAUUGAAUCCGCCGCCCUCGUUUACGACGACCGACGACUUGGUCGCCCACGUCCAGGAGGGCGUCACGUACACGCACGCGGUCAAACAAAGCGCGACGAAACGCGACGGCGGCGAGGCGCAGUCGCGGAGGGACGUGGAAAGAGACCGGUUGUUGCUGGAUGGGCGGGGGCCGGCGCUCGAGGGUGGUAGGGUCGGCUACGACCGCGUCGUCGCGUCGUUGGUGAGCGCGCAGCGGAAACUCGUGCAGCGGGCCGACGCGGCGGCCUGGCGCCAGAAUGUAAAUGAUGCGACGUACGAUGCCUUCGCCAAGGCGGCUCUGGUUGCGGUGAAUCGCACGGAGAGCGGCGGGGCCGCCUUAGACGCGGUCGUCGCGACGGUGGCCGGCGAAGACGGUUCAAAACUAUUAGUACCGGUGCCCGAUUCCAGAAGAGCGGAACCUUUGAGGGUCCACUUGGAUCUGGGGCCGUACGCUUGUGACGACGGCUGGCGCUGGGGCAUUAGGGCAAGGGUCGAGGGCACGACGUUCUACCGCCUCUUCGCGCCGGACGACUUCGACGAGGAACGGUUGCGGUGUACGGCGCGCUACGCGAACGCGCUGCUGCUGCCGCUCGACGGGCUGGGCGCCGAGGCGGUCGUCCGGGACGCGUCACGCGCGAGCGUCGUCGUCGCGCUCGAGCCGCCGGAUCCGAAGCAGGCGUAG